AUGUCGGCGCAGGCGGGGACAGGGACGUACUCCCCGGCGGCGGCCGCAGGGGACAAGCGGCGGGAGAGGAAGGAGGAGCUGCGGCGCCACCUCGUCGAGGACGCCGAUUGGCCCCGCACCGACGGCCGCUCCUUCCACGACUGCCGGCCAGCGUUUAUGCAGACAGGACCAACUACUGCUGCAUCAGGGUCUGCUUAUGCGGAAUUUGGGAAGACAAAGGUCAUUGUAUCGGUGUUUGGACCAAGGGAAAGUAAGAAAGCAAUGAUGUACAGUGAUGUUGGUAGGCUCAAUUGCAAUGUGAGCUAUACAACAUUUGCCACUCCAGUGCGUGGACAGGGAACAGACAACAAAGAGUACUCAUCGAUGCUUCAUAAAGCUUUGGAAGGCGCAGUAAUGCUACACACUUUUCCAAAGACCACUGUUGAUGUUUUUGCCUUGGUUCUUGAGUCUGGUGGCAGUGAUCUUCCCAUCAUUAUAUCAUGCGCUAGUCUUGCACUGGCAGAUGCUGGAAUCAUGCUGUAUGACCUUGUUACAUCUGUAUCUGUGUCAUGUUUUGGUAAGAACAUCAUCAUCGAUCCAACCUCAGACGAGGAAGCAUGGCAAGAUGGAAGCCUUGUGGUGGCUUUCAUGCCAGCCCGCAAGGAGAUCACACAACUCACGCUCAAUGGAGAGUGGAGUGAUGGCAGAAUAACCAAUGCAGUAGAGCUCUGUAUGGAUGCUUGCAGUAAGCUCGGUGACAUAUUGCGUGACCGCUUGAAAGAUACCGCCACCUUGAUUAGUGAAUGA